GCUAGAUGGCGGUAAAACCCACCCACAGUCUGACAGCUGAUUUCCUUGUGAAAAAUACAAAGUAAAGUGAAAUUUUAUAAAUAUCCUCGGGAAUUGUAUUUAAAUCCUUUUGCUUUCCUCAGUUUUGUGAUUAAACAACUCCAGGAUGUUUCGUACAUCAAAUUUCGAUAAGCUUUUGGAUAAUGCCACCAGCCACCUCCAUCUGGAACCAGAUUGGCCCUCAAUAAUGAUGAUUUGCGACUUGAUCAGGCAGAAUGACGUUGCGACGAAGCAGGCUAUCACGGCCAUCAAGAAGAAGAUGCAGUCCACGAAUCCCCAUUCAGCUAUGUAUGCCCUGAUUUUGUUGGAGAGUGUGGUGAAGAACUGCGGAGCCCCCGUGCACGAAGAGAUCUCCAGCAAGGCCAACUGCGAUAUGUUUACCAGUCUCAUCAAUAACACUCCCCACGAAAAUGUUCGCAACAAAAUGCUGGAACUUAUUCAAUGCUGGGCGUAUGCUUUUCGGUCAUCCCAGAAGUACAGGGCUAUCAAGGAUACAAUGACUAUUCUGAAGUUGGAGGGUCACGCUUUUCCGGAACUCAAAGAAGCUGAUGCGAUGUUUACGUCAGAUACGGCUCCAGAAUGGGCCGAUGGUGAAGUAUGUCAUCGUUGUCGUGUAACAUUUUCAUUUACAUUGCGAAAGCAUCACUGUCGCAACUGUGGACAAGUUUUCUGUGCUCAGUGCUCCUCAAAGACGAGCACAUUGCCAAAGUUUGGUAUUGAGAAGGAGGUGAGAGUUUGUGAAGCGUGCUUUAUGCAGCAGCAACAGAAGCCAUCAGGAGCCAAGCCGGCAGCAGCUGGAAGUCGUCCUGGGACGGCUGAAAGUGAACUUCCGGCUGAGUAUUUGUCCAGUUCUCUGGCUCAACAGACUCAAACGCCGCCCCGGAAGACAGAUCAGGAGCUGCAGGAGGAGGAAGAGCUUCAAUUGGCUCUGGCACUGAGUCAAUCGGAAGCUGAGCACCAGACAAAGGUGAAGACGACGACAAAUACAGUUACUCGCACUUUCACUAAGAGCCCAAGUCCUGAGGCUCCAGUGAAGCACAAUUUGAGUCCUACCGAUGAUCCUCCGUCUGAUCCGGAGUUGUCCAGGUAUCUCAAUAGGAACUAUUGGGAACAGAGGCAACCAACCACUGAGUCUCCGGCUAGUCCGUCAGCUCCCAGUUCUGUGCAAAAUUCCAUCUUGGUCAAGUCCAGUGCUGAGGAUACGGAAAUUGAUGAUUUCUCCAACACCAUGAAGACCCAGGUGGAAAUCUUUGUGAAUCGCAUGAAGUCCAAUUCUAGUCGUGGACGCAGCAUUUCCAAUGAUAGUUCAGUGCAGACGCUCUUCAUGAACCUUACGUCGUUCCACUCCAAGUUGCUGGGAUACAUCAAGGAGAUGGACGACAAGAGAAUGUGGUACGAACAGUUACAGGAUAAACUGGCACAGGUGAAGGAUUCUCGGGCAGCGCUCGAUGUGCUUCGCCAAGAGCACCAGGAGAAACUGCGCCGGAUGGCUGAAGAAAUGGAGCGUCAGCGACAGCUGCAGAUGGCUCACAAAUUGGAGAUUAUGCGCAAGAAAAAGCAGGAAUACUUGCAGUAUCAGCGUCAGCUGGCACUGCAGCGUAUCCAGGAGCAGGAGCGUGAGAUGCAACUGAGGCAGGAACAGCAGAAGGCACAGUACAUGAUGGGUGCCCAAGGGGGAUUCCCUUACAUGGCUCCCAAUGCUGCCGCCGGUGCAGGAGGUCCCAAUCAGCAUGGAUCACCGAUUCAUCAGAUGGGCAAUCAGGGUGUCUAUCCUCCCUAUGGCUUCAAUCAGAUGCCACGCUUUCCACCCGGAACCAAUCCAAUGUUUGCUCCAGGUCAGAAUCCGGGGCAGGUGAAGCCACAGCCUCCGGGAGGAAUGAUGCCGAAUAGUUCGCAACCAGGACAACCACAGCAACCCUUCAUGGCACCCCCACAGCCAUCUAUGAUGAUGAUGAUGAAUCCCAACACAUCAAUGCAGGGUCAACCAGGAAUUGACCUGACUAAAGGUGUGUCAGGCCAGAUGGUUGCGCCUGCGAUGAGUCAGGGUGGCCCUGCUGCUGCUCCACCUCCUCCCCAAGGCACUGAACAACAAAUGCCAGUAUCGACUGGAGGGGGAGGAGGAGGAGCAGGAGGAGGAAGUGGUGGAUUUGUGCCGGGAUUGCCACCACAACAGGGUCAGCCGCAACAGCCGGGAAUUCCGGGAAUGCCACCGAUGCAGCCUCCUCCUCCUCAGUCAAUGGGAAUGCCACAGCAACAGCAGCCACAGCAAAAUAAUAUGCCACCAAUAAUGUCUCAGCCCCAUCCGCAGAUGAUUCCGUCAGUUCCUCCACAAUCCCAGCAGGCACCUAUUCCCCAUCCGGCUCCUGUGCAGCAGCCUCAGCAGCAAGAAGUGAGUAAUGCAGUAGCCCAUGGGAGUCCCACAAAUCAGCCGGGUCCUCCUCCUGCGGCGCCUCCGGCCAAAACAGAAGUCAACACGGCAGAGUUGAUUAGCUUCGAUUAGAGAGACAGAGAGAGAGAGAGAAAGAGAGAGAUGCUGAUUACUCAGAGUGUUUUACUAAUAAAUUAUCACACCUAUUCGCUUGUCACAGUGGCAUUUGAGCUAUCCAGGAAGAGGCAGAGGCAGAGGGAAAGAGAUUAGCUAUAUAUUUACGUAAAAUGAUUCACAGGUUAUAUGUGGCUGAAUAUAUUUGUCAAAUAAUUUUCCAAAAAACCACUGCAUGUGCUUUUGGAAUUAAAGAAAAAAAUGUAAUUGAAAAUAUUAAAUGAAAAACAGAUUAUGGUAAUUUAAA